UACUGUCCAAAGCUUUGCAAUUGCCCUGGAAACAGACUCAACUAACAACAACUUGCAAUUCAAAACAGAAAGCCACCCCAUAGCAAUAAGCACCCAACCCAUAGUAGCUCCUACAUCUACACGCGAUCUAGUACAUACACCUCCAGAAGACAACCCAACUCCAAUAGACACAAACGAACACUCCAAUGA